AUGUUAGCUGAACAAAGCAAUACAAAUGAAUUAAAAGUUGUUGGACAACUUGUCUAUUCAUUACAGUUAGAAGAUUUUGGUGCACAUACUGUAGAUAGUAAUGCAGCUGUAUUGGAUAUGACAAAGGGAUUAGUUCAUCAAAUAAAUGAUGAAAUCAAGUCUGAACCUUCAGAUAUACGAUCAACCCGUGAAUAUCAAGUGGCUAUUGAGCUAGAACUGUGGCGUGCAGCAGAAGAAGCCAAAUUCAUUGCUCAAUUAAAGAAACGAGAACAGACACUGAUGGCUACACUUGCUGAAGAAUGGCAUAAAAGAGAUAGUCAACGCGAAAUUAUAUGUCGUAAAAAGCUUUCUGAAUAUCAAGCUCUGGAGGAAAAAUUGCGCAAUACACUCAUUGAACUUGCUACUAGAGAGCGUCAGCUAACCGCAGGUGAGGCAGAAUUGGUACGCCUGAAACAAGAAAAUGCAAGGGAAUUGGAAGUUAGACGCAAAGAAUUGAAUCAACAGUCUCAAGUUCAGAUUCGCGAUUUAGAAAGUCAGAUGAAAUUGGAGAAAAAAAACUCUGAACAUUGGAAGUCACAAAUAGUUGAAUGGCGAAGUAAGUAUGCUUCUCUGGAGGAAGAGAAUAACAGUUUAAGAAAUGAAAUAAACUGCAGAUUGAAAAAGUCGGUAGAUAACAAAGCGUCCAACGAAACACCUUCGAUAAACAAUGAAGUAGCCCGACUGACUGCAGAAUUAGCAGUUGCUCGGGCUACACUAUCCGAAACAGAAUGCCGUUUAGUUGAAGUAGAACGUGGUCGAGCAAGAUACCGUCAGUUAUGGACGAAAUCUCUGCAUGAACUAGCCAAGGUAAAACAAGAAGCAGAUGAAGCUACUCGAAUUUCACUGGCACAAAAAGAAGCAGAACUUGAACAACUAAAGUCUUACUAUUUAAAUGUUGAUGAAAAACAACCAACUAGCCAAGAUUUAAAAGAAGCGACAGACUUGGAACGAUCCAAAAUGAAUGAAGAAAUGACUACUGAAAUAAACGUUUCUGAUGUAAAGUCUGUGGUGGAUGAGAAAAUCGAAGCACAAAUUACUCGGCUGAUUGAAGAACGUGACGGUCUACUAAAUACUGGUGUUUACGAAAAUAGUGAUUCUUAA